GAUAACGCGCGAUUAGGUAUACGAUGCACUGCCUCUAGUGAAUUGUUCAUUAUAUCUUGGCAGGGAACGGACGCGCUCUGUGUUUUGUAAACAUUUUGCGGUUUGACGUGACGUGUGUGAGUUUAAUAGGAUCAUCUUUGGAAUUUACUGAAACUUCGUUCGACAUGGUAUAGCGUCCAUUUGUCUCCUCCCUGAGUUCGGAGUAUGAUGAACUGGAUCCCACAUCAUGACUCCGAAAGUGGAGUGCGAGUCCCAACGGCUGAACCCCGAAGCAGUACCUAUUCAUCAAUGUCGAAGGGUUCUGCCAGAGGAAUCUUCACCAGCUCGAGCUUGGCUAGAAGACGAAGAAGGCCGUACCACUCGCACCAACGAAGCAGAAGAAAAAUGUCUUCUCCAUCCCGCGAACUUCACGCCUCUUAAAACUAAGCCUCAUGAAGUGGCUCUAAGUAUCAGCAGAGAGAAAGAUAAUAAAGUAAAAUAUAAACCAAAGAGCAUAUCAAAGUUUGAGAAGACCAAAGACAAAAUAAUAAAUGCUAUCAAGCCGCCAUGUUUUACAUUCUCCAUGAUCAUGAUCUUGGUGAGUAUCCACCUGUUCGUGCCUGAAGACUGCCGCGAAUGGCUGGAGUGGACUCCUGGGCGGGAGUGGUGGCACCAGCCGUGGCGGCUGGUCACCUACGGCUUGGUGCACGCUAAUGCUGUCCAUCUCGCCUUGAAUGCCGUUGUCGCUAUGGCUGUCGGCUGGCGGCUAGAGUACGAGCAAUCGUGGUGGCGAGUGAUGUGCGUGUGGGUGGGUGGUGUCGUGGCUGGCGGGAUCGGCGCUGGGUUACUGCAGCCCGAAGUGAGGGUGGUGGGCGCAUCUGCAGCCGUGUACGCCCUGCUAACGGCCCAUCUACCCAAUGUCUGUCUCAAGUUUGGCCACAUACCUCUGUGGUGGUUCCGGCCGCUGAGCGUGAUCGUCCUCGGCGCUUCGGAGACCUGCUGGGCGCUGAUGCGAGGGCCCAUCACCAGCCCCGGGGCGCUCCGCUCGCAGCAGGACAAUGUGGCCUGGUCGUCCCAUGUGUUGGGUGCCGCUAUUGGGAUACCACUUGCUUUUAUCAUUUUUAAAGCUGACAAAGAUAAUGAAGACAAAACCUAUAUUCGUCUAUUUCGAGCAUUCUCCGCAACUAUUUUAACAGCGGCUGUGAUUUCGGCCGGCUUGUACUACACGAGAUAGUAAGAAAGUGAUGGAUAACUGCAUCGUUACAUGUCAAUUGGACAAGAAUCUUGCGCUUUAUAGAAACAAGAGAACAAGAGAAUCACACACACGUCUCGUUAGUUAGGUUCUAUGACUAACUGACGGGGAUGACGAAAACCACAAAUACUGCUCAUGCAGUAAAAAAUUCUUAGAUUAGAGCCCUUUAAAUCCGUUGAGAAAACAGGAUAGGAUGUUAUACAAUCAUGUAAGGGUAAUUUGAAUUGAAUUUUACUGUAUCUAAACUUUCUAGGAAAUGUGCUUUCAGAAUUUCCGUCCUGCAGCCAUUUCUAAUAGAAUUGAGAUUCUAUCAUAAUCACCUCAUAGUUCUCAACCACGAAAAGAGCUUAUUUAGAGUGUAAACAUGGAUGAAUUCUAAAUAUAGUUCCACAAUAAUUCUAUUCCUACUUGUCUUCCUUUUGGAAUUUAUUACUAUUGAAUUGUACAAAAUAAGUACCUACCGUACCUAAGGACUUUAAAACGAAUCAGGAAUUAUCUGUUUCUUUGAUAUUUGUUACUAUAAUAUCUAAGUUAUAGUAUAUUUUUAAAUCAUGGUAUCUGGCAUACUCAAUUGAAUAAUUUGUAUCAUUGAAUUUUUAAACUUUUUUGUAUUGAAAAAGAAUACCAUAAUUAUCGGUGCCUACAUUUAUGGGAUUGAUAACACCCUUACUUAAGUCAAUGUUAUUAAAUGAAUUAAGGUAUACUCUGUUUACUGUAGUAAUGUCAAAAUAUAGUAAUAAGUCAUAUUAUAGUAAGAUAUAUUGUCUCAUUAAUAACGAUUUCUAUGAAAUCAUCAAGUUGUUUUGAAUCAAAACAUUAUUUUGUUACGGCUGGUGAUUUAUUGUAAGGACUUUGUAAAGUUUGUGUCAUAGUAGAUUAAGUUUGUGUUGUGAACAACUAAAUAUAUUUUGUGACUCCUCUAAUUUCUUGUAAGUAGUUGCGCGAAAAUUGAUACUAACGUCAAGGUUGAUCUUAAUCAGAUCCGUUUGGUGCUCAAUAUUAUCUUAAUAACUUAACACAUGCGUACUAUUUGAGCCAAUUCGAAAACAAGCAUUUCUUAUAACUAUUUCAUUGAUUGUUAUUAACAUUAAGGUAUUGUUUCAUUAAUUGAUGAGGACAAAUUAUUUUCCUCUGGUCAUGUUAACAAUGGUCAAUUUACAUCUCAGAAUCCUUAUAUCUAUCAAAAUUAUGUCAUGCUUAGUUUUCAAUAAUGACUACAUACAACUGAAGCAAUGAAUUUCAGAAGUAAAUUCACACAUAUGAUUUAUUUUUUAAAUAUAUACAGUUAGAUGAAUAUACAUAUCAUUAAUUCAUUUCGGGUAUGGAAACGGUCAAAUAUCUGUAAAUACCUUAAUAUUUAAACUUCUUUGUCUUUGCACUAACAUAAUAUAUAUAUAUAAACGUAAAUGUGUAUCAACAUAUAUAGAAAUUGUUAUAUUCAAAUAUACAAUGUUUCAUUAACUUGCUCCAUAUGCUGUUUGUAACACUGCAGUAGAAAUGCUUUUGACUCUGUUUCCAUUUUUGGAAACGCUUCUUGUGAUCUUCUUGCGAUAUUAAAUUAUU